UGCAUUUACACGCAUAGACGCUAUGGAAAAUUUGAAACAACAUUGAAAGGCAAAAAAAAAAAUACACGUUAUAGAUAAUGAGAAGUAUUUUUUAUGUGAUUAGGAAACAAAAUAUUUUUGAAGAGCAACAAAUGAAUAAUCGAAUGACGAGGUGCCUUUUUGAAAGCUCGCUGUGUUUGAGGGAUUGGCUUUAAUAAGGCAACCUUUAGGAAGGAGAAGGGGGAGGAGGGGAAAAAAAGCUAUGAAUGGGCGACCUAUGGAUCCAUACUAAAAGGCUGUCAACUAUAGCAGAGUCGUUGCCCUGAAACAGGGUUGUCUGUUAAUCCCUUCCGUCUAGUUGGUGGAAAUCCCCACGUGGUUCCGACUCUUCUAUUAAAAAAAAAAAAAAAAAAAAACUUUGGGUUUGCUGAGCCCUUGUUGUCGUGAUUGCAGAGGGGGAAAGGGGUCUGAGUCAGGAGCAUCUUUCAGGACAAAACCGAGCUGACCAUUUCCACCAACCAGCGCUCGGACACGGAGCGGCCGUGCGAACCGAGGAGCUGCCAAACCUCAUUUCCCUUUAGGACUGCAACUCAAUGUAUGAAUGAAAAGGAGCGGGGCAUGUCGUUUGACUUACUACAAACUGAAUACUUCAUGAGUGACGUUAACUCGUAAAUUAGGCAGCGCUUGGAGGUUUGCAACAAUUUCAUUGACUUCUGGACUCUUGGGUUGUGCAUACUCUCUCGGGACUUGCUCUUAAAAAGUACAUAUGUAACUACUGCGACUAUUUAAUUUUUCUCCUCCGUGGACUGGACUUUAAUGUUUACCACUUGUAAAAAUGACUUCAGCCACUGUGACGAUGAUAUUGAUGGUGUGCGCUUUGUCGGUGCUCUGCAGUUCAGUGCCAGAAACUCAGAGCUCGCUGGCAAUGGAAUCGUGCGCGUCGUGCGGCUUCAGCGCGCCGGAUCAGUCUGAACGCAUGAACGUGGACUUGUUGGAGGCGGUCAAGAGACACAUUCUGAACAGGUUGCAGAUGAGGGAACGACCCAACAUAACGCACCCCAUCCCCAAAGCUGCGAUGGUAACGGCGCUGAGGAGGCUGCACGCCGGCAAAGUGCGAGAGGAUGGGCGAGUGGAGAUCCCCAAUUUGGACGGACAUGCGUCCUUCAGCAACGAGGUUCAAACUGAGACCUCGGAAAUCAUCAGCUUCGCAGAAACUGAUGAGUACACAUUGUCAAAGUCCAGUCUUUACUUCCUCAUCUCGAAUGAAGGGAACCAAAACCUGCAUGUGUCCCAGGCAAACUUGUGGCUCUUCUUCCGUGUGUUGCCAGCCGGUCCUGAGAAAGGCCUCCGAAGGAAGGUGACAGUCAAGAUCCAUUAUCAGGAAGCUGGAGCUUCGAGCACCAUAGAAGGAGUGCCAAUAGGAGGUGGCGGAGGGGUCACAGGGCGGUGGGCCCUUGUGGAGAAGCAUGUUGAGCUGAAACGCAGCAGCUGGCAUACUUUCCCUCUCUUAGAAGCUGUCCGGGCAGUGUUUGUCAAAGGUAGCCGUCGACAGGACCUGGAGGUCCACUGUGAAGGAUGUGAGACAGCUGGAGUGGCUCCAGUGCUGGUGGACCCAGGUGACCCGUCCCACCGGCCGUUUCUGGUGGUCCGUGCGAGACAAGUGGAUGGUAAGCACCGCAUUCGAAAGCGGGGGCUGGAAUGUGACGGCACUAGCGGUGGCCUAUGCUGCCGGCAGCAGUUUUACAUCGACUUCCGUCUCAUUGGCUGGAAUGACUGGAUCAUUGCACCUGCAGGCUAUUACGGCAACUACUGUGAGGGUAAUUGCCCGGUGUACAUGGCUGGCGUCCCAGGAUCAGCCUCAUCCUUCCACACAGCAGUAGUAAACCAGUACCGCAUGAGAGGAAUUAGCCCAGGUUCGGUCAACUCCUGCUGCAUCCCCACUAAACUGAGUACAAUGUCCAUGCUCUACAUUGAUGAUGCGUACACUAUUGUCAAGAGAGACGUGCCCAACAUGAUUGUGGAGGAGUGUGGUUGUGCUUGAGUCAUCUUUGCCCCUUAAUUGUCUUUCAGAAAACGAUUUUGUACAAACAGGACAUUUUGUACAAUAUACAUAUACAGUUCAACAAAACGAUUGCUAUUGUAUGUGCAGGCAAGGCACACUGGAGCAUAAUCUAGUAUUAAAAUGUGCGGAGGUUUGGUUGCACAUGUUCGUAUGAGUGGAUGUAUUUAUCAGACUGAGUGAUAUGCUUGCUGUCUGAAUUUGAACGAGACAGCUUGGGGAGGAGAAGGGAAUGAAGAUCAUCAAAAGGAAAUUUGCUCUAUUUUGUCAUUUUUACUUCAAUAUAAAGACCUGGCACCACCAAUUGAAAGAAGAUAAGCAUUUAAGGAAAGUGACAUGAUCAGGCAAUGAUCAUGAUUUGGUUUGUCCCCAGACUCCGUAACCUGUUCCUCAGGCCCCUAAGUACCUAAGUACUUUAAGCACACAGCAGACUUUCCCCCCUUUCUUUCUAAAGCACUGACAAUUCAUAUCUUACGCAAGUCAGAACACAAGCACUUCACUAGAAUGCCAGCACACACAGCUUGACUGUCCUGCAGUGGAAUUACACCAGCAGCGCUUAAUGCCAUUAUUCCCACUGCACCGGGGCGGCAAACGAAAGCCCUCCGCAGAGCUGCUGUUGUUAUUUUCACUGUUAAUUGCAGACCUUGAACCUUAGCUUCCUGCCUCUCAAGACUGCAGCGGCAGGCCCUGUAAACGUGUGAUUACCCGGACGAGACAGAUCUCAGAGGUGUACUUCAUUUGUGCAGUGGAAGUAAUCGGGACAGAACUCAUUCCUUCUGCCCAUCAAGGGUUUUGGACACAGAGACAAUAGUUAAGCUGGGCUGCCACUGUGCAGUGCAGCACUUGGAGAAACUGAAAUGCACACCCUGAUUAGCACUUGUAUAAAAAAUUGCCUUCCAAGUGGAACUGAGUGUCCUGUCAUAUCACUAAAUGAGUGCCACAUGAGCUAUGCAAUGUAUAGUAAACUAUACCUAUACUACAAUAUGCCGCGCUCGACUAAAAGAUCUUUUUCUGAAAAUAUCUCUGUAUCAUGUGUUUGCUUUCGACCUUUGCGCUCCAGUUCUUGACUCUUAAUCAAUACUUGAAAUGUAAUCUUUCGCAUCUUUGUAAAGCGAAUGAUUGUUGUGAUGUUUGCACUGAAAAGUUGCAGGAUUAGUGAAACAAAAACUGCCAUUGAAAAGUUAUUUUUAUAGUAAGUAAAGAAACUGAAUUUCGUGUCAGAGGUAUUUUACAUAAAUAAUGGAACCAAAGAGGCCAUGAUUUUAACUGUUGUACCAAGAGGGCAUGGUCAUUGAGUGUACGAUAGUGUUUUGAUCAUUUGCAAAAGGCCUACUUGUAUCAGGGUACAAUAAAAGAACAAUUCUCUUUGUCUAUACACAUUACUUUUCAUGUUUAAUUCAUUUUUUUGUUUCAGUAUUCUAUUUAAUAAAAUGCU